UGGUGAGUGGGCGUGGUUUAUCGGUCAGUGGGUGGGGCUUAAUGCCUGAUGGGCGGGGCUGAUGUGGAGUGGGCGGGGCCGUCCAUGUUCAUGUGGACGGAUCCGCCCUCUCCCGCAGGAAAAGUCGGAUUCGUUCCCGGAGAGUAAGAGCCGUUGUACGGGGACGGCUCUUCCCCCGGCCACCACCCUGACUUCCUCCGAUAGAGUUAAAGGAGUCUGAGCGGUGGCGAAAGGACAAGAGGCGAUAUCUCCGACUGUUGCUCCGGAUAGAGGUCUCUUGGGUGAGGAUUUGGAGGGUAUCCCAGUCUACCUCGCUGGCAGCAGGAAGUUUGUGGCAGUGAAGACUGGACAGAGCGGGGAGCUGCAGACACCGAGACACAGGAGACACCCUACUCUUGACGGUGAGACACGGGAGACUCCCUAUCUUUGACAGUGGGGCACAGCAGACCUCCUGCCUGACAGUGGGACACGGGAGACCUCCUGCCUGACAGUGCGUUAAAGCGUGAGAAGCGCCCUACCUGUCUGACACUUGGAUACUGGAGGAAGAGACCGAGGCCACAAGAGACACGCUUUGUGACACAGGAUGACUUCGGGGUUCUGGAUGUGACAGGAAAUUUGGAGCCGAUUGCGUGAUGGCUGAUGCGCAGGUCUCCGCCAUGGCGUCUCCAUCCUUGUCUGAGCAGCUGACAGACAGACGACCUCUAGCUCUGCUCUUGGACUCAGGGAAUAAAUCUCCCUCAGGCCCUGGUGCUGCCAAACCGCCUGUAAAACCAAAGCCCACAGUGCCUCCCAAACCAAUGUCCACGAAGCCACCCCUUGCCGAAUUGCCAUCUGUGUGCAAGGUGAACUCACUGGCUGGGCCCAGGCCAUACGGGUUCUCCGGGGCCCGGCCCCACCAGCCCGUCCGCCGGCCCUCUUCAUCCUCCUCCACUAUCUCCCCCUGCCCCUCACCCACCUCACCUCAGCCCCCUGGGGCACCCCCCUUACUGGAGCUGCUGGCCGAGGCCAUGAGAACGCCCCCACCUGCAGCGUCCUGGGAGGUGCGUGCACCGCCCACCGUAGCCAGCCAGCCGGCACCGCCGGCCCCGGCCGAGCGGCCAGCAGCCAAGCCAGUGUUCCGGGUGAGGCCGGUGUCGGUACGCGGGCAGGGCAAGCGCUUCCCUGGCACCACCGUGGAGGAGAUCCUGGCCAAGAUGGAGGAGCCACGGCAGGACACUGAGGUUCCUGGGAUCGGCAUCCGGAAGAGGAGCCGCGAUUUGUCCGAGAGUGAGAUCUCCCCAAGGUUUGGUUCCACCUCCUUUGCCUUCUUCAACCGGGAGCAGGCUGGAGCUGUCUUCCCACCCACCGCUGGCCGAGACGGCAAAGAGAACCGGCCUUCAACUACUGGAACUGUCGCCCCAGCCAUCAGCAGCUCGGAGACAGGCCUCCGGGAGGACAGAGUGGGAUCCAGCUCAGAGAUAGGACCCGGCUCGGAGCGAGGAGGAGAGGGUGGAGUGGGCCCAGGCCUUGGGGAGGGCGGAACAGGUCUCGGCUCGGAGACAGUGACCAGUCUGACUGACCAUCCACAGGACACCAGGGAAUCACUGCAAACGCCAACGGUCACUGGUAACUGCCCCUCCGGGAUUGAUCGGGAACAGCUUGUGUUGGAGGCCCUGACCCAGGACCCAGGGAAGAUUGGAACCGAAAGAAGCUGGACCUUGAAAGACUCGCCGUUUGCCUCGCGAACCCAAGCAGGGCCCGUGGAGGGGGAGGGGGAGGAGGUGGGAGGAGGAGGAGGAGGGGGCUGGGGCAAGGAGGUCACUGGGGUCCGAGGUCAGCGAGAGAUUGUCAGGGCGCAAACAGCAGGGACCCAAGACCCCCGUCCACCUGCCCCUCCCCACUGCAAUGUCUGAUCACAACGUCGAGGACGACAGUUCCUGUUUAAUACCCCCUGUCCCACCCUCCUCACCUCCGGGCACCUUCCACACCUCACCACCUCCCACCACUGACCUGAGUCCCAGGCUGUGGGCACUGAUGGAGCAAGCUCAACCCCAGAGUGGUACUGAGGAUGAGGAGAAGGGGCAAUCUCUGCCAGACCAGAAGCAUUCAGCUGAGACGGGGCGUCUAGCUGAGGA